CAAGAGAGACGUGUGGGACGGUUCCUUGGAAUGGUCUGAAUCACUACACGGUUACCAGAUGGCCCUUUUUUCUGUGAGACGGCAACUCAAACGGUGAAAAGCAAAAAUCCCAGCCACCGUCUGGGACGGUUGCAGAAUAAUGGCUGGUGCGUGCGAGACGGCUCAACAGCAGUCUAAGACGGUUCACCCAUUUCUUCUGAAACGCGAAACGGUGGCCAGACGGGCCUCUUUUCUGUCUUACGGCCAUUGGACGGCCCAAAUUGAGUUUCCAAGCCACCGUCUAGGACGGUGGCAGUGGUGCGUGUGAGACAGCCUGCCGUUUUUGGUUGUGCGUGUCAGACAGUUGGUCGAGACGUGCAGGUAGGUGGGUGACCAACGAAGAAGGAGAUGGGGCAUUGACCAAUUCAACUAGCGUGUUUGGCAGACGGGUCAAAAGCAAGCGGGUUGGGCCAUCUGGAUGAAGAAAAAAGCAGGAGCAUUGAUGAAAACUCUAGCCAAAUCAACUGAGCCCACUUCUUCGAAUCAACCUCAACAAAAAAGGAGGAGAAAGAUGGUUAAUUAUGACGAAGAAGAAGAUGACACAAUUCAAUAACAAGCAAUGGAAGUUCAACAACAAGAAGAAAAGCCCGAAUGGCCGUGUAGUAAGCCCCUAUCUUCUUUACCUUAUAAAUGACAAUGUGUAUUGUUUAGAGAUAAAAUGGGUACGGCCGAAAAUAUGAAAAAACAAUUAUUGGGUGAAAGAAAAGUUUUGUUGAAAGAGUUUAAAGGUUUUGGGUUCGUUGAAGCUUUUGAAAAUAUUGGUUGGGAAAAUGUCUUAGUAUGGAAUAAUAAUGAUGAUCCCGAAGUGAAUUUAGAAGGUAUCAUAGAAUGGUUGGGUACGUUGAAAAAGAUUGAUGGUAAGAAACCUCACGAGACCACCAAGUUAGUCGGUAAGGUGGAUGGUAAAGAUGUCACAAUGUCUUUUGAAACUUUGGAUUAAAUAGUGAAGUUUGAUUUAGGUCCUAAGUCGAAAAAGUCAUUCGAUUUUGUGUCUGAUGAUGUAUUAAAUGGGGUAGCCCCGGAUAUGAACUUGGUAGAGAUGAUAGCCGAGUUGUUCACAUAUCCUCGAGAUGCUUUGAAUGUAAACAAGAAUUUGAGCCGUGCUAGGUUGAAACCGUUACCCCGUUUGAUCAUGAAUCUUAUUAGUUGGAAUAUUUGUCCAAGAAGUAGUGACAAGGGUUCAAUAAGGUUACAAGAAGUUGUCGUCUCGUAUGCUUUGGUAACAGGAAAGUUGAAUUUGUCACUUAGGCACAUUAUCAUGACAAACAUUUGGGAGAGUCGCAAUAAGAAGGUUAAAUUGAUAAUUCCUUACCCGAGGCUCAUUACUCGCCUAAUCUUUAGUCAUAAAGCCGCUACAAUUGAUUCACCCACAAUUCCGGUUAAUCAAGUUGUUGUUUCCAUGAAGAAAUUGUUGAAUGGAACUGAGUGGGCUUUGGAGGAUAGGCCUCAGUGUAGAAUUUUAAGGGAUUUGAAAUCAAUGGGGCGUUUGAUAGCUCCUAAGGAUAGAUUAACUUUGGAGGAGGUUGAGGCACAAUUGGAGCUUGUGGGGCCUAUGGAUGUUGAUGAGCAUGGUGAGCCGAGUGGUGAUAAUGUGUGGAAUGAGGAAGAACUACCAAGGAUAUGUGCUGGUGUGUUAGAUGCAGGAAGAGGAGGAAAUAGGCCGAAUGUUGGGAUUAAGCGGCCUAAUGAUUAUCAUCGAUGGACUUCUUUUGAGAAGAGUAUGUGGGAUUUGGCUGCUCAACAAACUGAAGAAGCAAGAGUUAGGCGACAAGAGCAGAAAGAUUAUAAGCAAGCAAUGGCAUAUGCUCAUGAGUUGGAGAUCAGGAGAAGAUUCCAGUACACGGAAGUUGUUCGUCAUGACGAGGAGAAACAUCUCGCUUAUCCUCAGAGCCACGAUUCUGAGUGGCUACCACAGCAGUCUUGUGUAGGACGGAUGGAGACUGGUCCGAGUGAUCCCCCAGCAUCAUCUUCUGCAGCUUCUUCAUCUACUGCUGCUCAUGAUUCAUUUGAUGGUCAGUCUUUGUAUCGGAGCUUGAUGGAGUCGAUCUUUAGACCACCUCAGGGUCUACGUCAGUGAUUGGUACCUUCUAUCCAUUUUUCUAAUUCUCUUGUGUGACUAUGUGCUUUUCUAUGUUUGUUUUGAUGUUUUUGCAUUUUCAAUUCGUAGGUAGAUUUAAUUUCUACUUAAUUGCAUUUAUGUUUCUAGUUUGGAUGUUGAUUUACUUUCUUGUAAUAUUGAAUUGAAUCAAAGAGACAAAAUGUUCGAGUUAUAUUAGUUAUAUAUGUUUGUAAAAUGAGGUUUUCUUGUGAUUGGAUGAGUACAUGUAAGUGGGCUAGGUGGUGUAGGCUAGAUUGCAUGAUAUGAUUGACUUAUGAGCCACUUGAUAGAGUUGCUAGCAAGUAAAAACAUAGAAAUGUGCAAAUAAGGGUAAUAUGCCAAUUGUGAGUCGCAAUGCAUGUAUCACAUUUAUUUAUCCGUUAUAUCCUUCAAUUUCAUGAGAAAAACGCCUCGUAGACGAUUGAUUUAGAUUGUUAGCAUAGCAUUGUUCUUGUGAUCCUUAUCAUAUUGUGUGAACCAUUAUUGUACAUUAGGUUAGAACUAGUACACUUACCGUGUCGAGACCUCUAGCUUGAAUUAUGUGCUUAAAAUUAUAAAACGAUCAUACAAAUUAUUCCAUAUUUCACCUCACUCCGUCAUGAAAUCCGUUAAUAGUUCAAAGUUGUGUUGUUUAUGAUGAUGAAUCGAAAGAAAGAACAAAUCAAAGUUAAAUCAAAAAAUCCGGUUGAAAAGUCAAAGUAUAUGGUCAUAAGUGAAAUCCAAUUCAAUUAUCCAUGUAAGUUGAUUUAAAAAAACCAAAAGUGAAUUGUUCAAAAAUCAUUCUAGUAAAUCACCCAAUUGAGAAUCAUUACCAUGUUUCAUUCCAUAUUUCCAUCAAUCUUUUAUGAACACCGAAGUAAUAGUUUGAGUUAUGAGGUCUUGAUUCGAUUUGUGUACUAGCCUAUGACUUUUAGUGUGCAAUAAUGAGUUGAGAGUUUCAUAUACAUAUAUUGGCACAUCUUUUGCUAAUUCACUCAAAUAUGAACCGAGGGGAGUGUACAUUGUGAGAGUGUGAUGCAUGUAUUGUGGCGAAUUUGAGGUUUAUUAGGUUUAAUUGCACAUUUAUAUAUUUCUAUUUGCUAGUCGUAAUCUUUUGAUAGUUAUAAGUCUUGUGAGUUCGUUGUAUUAUGUGGUUUGGUUUGCAUUACUUAGUUUCGCCCAAGUGUAUUUUGAAGGUUGCUUGAAGAGUGAGUUUUAUAAAUAUAUAUAAUCGAUAUAAUUCUUAUAUGGUGUUUCUUUGGUGAUAGGAUAUAUUAUGAGAUUGUAAAUUGACUUGUCACAUGAUGAAUGUCUUUUUCGGGACGAAAAAGAGUUAAGUUGGGGAAUGUGAUAAACGCCUAAUUUGUCUAAUCUUAAAGUAUGAAAACGAACAUGUUUUGUGAAUGUUAAUAGACGAUUAGGGCGUUUUUAUGUUUGUUUAAGUGUUUCAGGUCUUUGGUGAC